AUAGGUAUGCAUCUAUGCACGUCUGCAUGUAGGUAUGCGAGGUCUGCGUGCCCAGGCGGCGGCGACAAAUGACAACGACGGGCGCAUGAGGAGACGAGGUCGCAUGCGGGCGGUGGCUCGGAGGGUGGUGGGCUUCGCAUCGCGGCACUACAGAAUCCGCACCCAGACCGUAAUCGAGUGGCACGGCAGCAUAUGGCGUCCAUGUUUGCUAGCCUGGCUAACCUGGCCUGCCUGUCUCUUGUCUUAGAAACCCAUCGUCCUAAUUUUACGAGUCUGCACGUUAUACCGUGUAUUUGGCCCGCCUGGAUUUCCGCGUGCAUGCAUGCCAUGUAUGUCUCAUGUCGUUGAGGGAGAGCGUGAGCCCUACGGCGGCAGGGCCAGGGUCCGGCCAGGAGGAGGUGGAAGCAGAAAAAGAAAAAGACAAGUGCCCGGGUCCGGGUUGUUGGUUUCGCCUAGUGUUGCAGCUGGAGAGCGCCACACGACGUACGUGCCCUUUGCCUUGUUUCGUCAUCUUCGCUGUCGUCGCGGCGUGCUCUCGCGCCCCCCCGGAUUUUCUCCUCCGCGUGUUUAGCCAAGGGCCUAUGGCGUGUACGCACGCGUGCAAAGGUCCCAAGCAGACGGGAAACACGCCACCCGGGAGCCUGGAAGCCAGCCACGACACUCUUCAGGUUCAGAACGUGUACGCAUCACGCCUCUCCAUACCCUGUACCCAUAUACAUGUACGCCCAGUCCAGAGCAGACGUUACAUGGCAAAUCGUAGAUGGCAUCUUGGGUCGACGGUGGCACUUCCUUCCCCUCCCCCCGCCUUCUCCCCUCUCCACAACUCCCCGAAUCACCGAGACCCCUUCUCGCCCAUCCCUCUCGCUCGCGGACGGGCCGUGUCAGCGAUUCGAUUCUAGCUACCCAUCUCGCUUGGGGGAAGGGAGGAGGG